AUGGAGUUUCCUAACACUAGCAAGCUUCAAAUCCCAUUUGUGUCUUAUAUUGUGCUUUUAUCAAUUGUUACCGCAAUACUGAACAACCCUGUAAUAGCCACAAAAGAAGCUUGCAAUUUCCCUGCCAUCUUUAACUUUGGUGCCUCAAACUCUGACACUGGUGGCUUGGCUGCUUCCUUGUUAGCCCCUACACUGCCAUAUGGAGAGACCUAUUUUCACAGACCCGCUGGAAGGUUCAGUGAUGGCCGUCUCAUUAUUGAUUUCAUAGCGGAGAGUUUUGGACUCCCAUAUCUCAGUGCAUAUCUUGAUUCUCUAGGGACCAACUUCUCUCAUGGUGCAAACUUUGCAACAGCAGGAUCCACAAUCAGACCCGUACUAGGAAAUAUGGUACUCUCGCAAAGAUUUAGUCCUUUCUACCUUGGAGUUCAGUUCACGCAAUUCAGAGGUUUCAAACCCAGAACACAGUUUAUUAGAGAUCAAGGUGGGGUAUUUGCAACGUUGAUGCCCAAAGAAGAGUACUUUGCUGAAGCUUUAUACACAUAUGAUAUUGGUCAAAAUGAUCUAACGGCGGGCUUUUUUGGUAACAUGACUCUGCAACAAGUCAAUGAUUCUAUACCUGAUAUAGUCAAUAAUUUCACAGCAAAUGUCAAGAACAUACACAACUUGGGGGGUAGAUCAUUUUGGAUACACAACACGGGACCUAUUGGUUGCCUCCCUUUAAUUUUGGCCAAUUUUUCAUCUGCUGAAAGGGAUGACUACGGUUGUGCAAAGGCAUAUAAUGAAGUGGCUAAAUAUUUCAACCACAAGUUGAAGGAAGCUUUAGCUCAACUCCGAAAGGAUUUUCCUCAGGCUGCAAUCACAUAUGUAGAUGUAUACUCUCCUAAGUACUCUCUUUUCACCAACCCAAAAAAAUAUGGAUUUGAGGUGCCACUUGUUGCUUGCUGUGGGUAUGGAGGGAAAUACAACUAUAGCAGUAGUGCUGCAUGUGGAGGAACCAUAAAGGUCAACGGCACUGAAAUAUUUGUAGGUUCAUGUGAAAAUCCCUCGGUUAGAGUAAUAUGGGAUGGGACGCACUACACUGAAGCAGCUAACAAGGUUGUCUUUGACCAAAUAGCUUCUGGAGCUUUCACCGAUCCACCCAUUCCCUUAAAUAUGGCUUGUCGUGGAUAUCUUAGGGAUCGCCUGUGA